AUGUUGGACCACAAUAAUAAAUCGAAAUUAGCUCACAAUGCGAAUAGAUCAGUGCUUUCACUUACUUCACCUGCAAAACUGAAUAUUAUGUCAUCAGAAUGGUCAAGAGGAGGACACGGGAAAAUAGGGAAAAGAGCUCUAAGGCGUACACACUCAUUGAAUUCACGAAGCUUGAAAAACGCAGAGGCCCACUUGGAAAGUGAGAAAGGAUUCAUUCCUUCUUACGCUAGACCAAAGAUGUCCAUAUCGGCACCUCCAUUGGUAAGACGAAGUUCUUCAUUUUUCAAAGAGGAGGUAGAAAGAAACGACUUUUCAAGAAUAAGAGGUCAUUCUUCGUCAUCAGCAUGUUCUAAUUCGCGGCCCGCACCCCAAGACUCUGAUGAUAUGCAUAUGGUAUCCAAUGAUAGAUUUAUACCAAGUCUUCAAAAUAACUCCCAAACGAAGGUCGAUCCAAUGGCACUUAAAGAAGAUUUACCACCUCCAAAUGCGUCGCCUUCUACUCAUCUGAGGGCACAAACGAAGCUUGUAUUCAAGCAAACAGUAGCAGAAGCUUGCGGACUUGAUAUAAACCAAAGAAUACUACAAUACAUGCCACAGCCUCCUGUUGCCUCUUUCAAAAGACAGAAUUACAGCAUAAGUAGAAGAACUCAUUACAACUAUCAGCAGUGCCAGCAGCAGAAUCAGCCCGAGCUUAUGAAACUGAGGAAAAUCAACAGCAAUCCGGAGAGAAUCCUGGAUGCCCCAGGUUAUCAAGAUGAUUUUUAUUUGAAUUUACUGAGUUGGUCUUCAAAGAAUUUUUUAGCUAUUGCAUUAGAAACCGCAUUGUACUUAUGGAAUGGAAGCAGUGGAGAAGUAACGAUGUUAGUUGAUUAUAAAGAUACAAAAAUCACAAGUGUUGUAUGGUCCGAUGAUGACUGCCACAUAUCUGUAGGCAAAGAAGAUGGCAAUACGGAAAUUUGGGAUAUAGAGACGAUGUCCUUAGUGAGAACAAUGAGAUCUAACUUGGGCGUACGAAUCGGUGCUCAAUCCUGGUUAGAAACUCUUGUGGCCACCGGCAGUCGUAGUGGUGAAAUCCAAAUAAAUGAUGUAAGACUCAAAAAACAUAUAGUUUCAACGUGGGCAGAGCACUCUGGGGAAAUUUGUGGAUUAAGUUAUAAAAAAGACGGAUUACAACUAGCCUCUGGUGGUAACGAUAAUACGGUCAUGAUAUGGGACACAAGAAUCUCAAUGCCUCAAUGGGUGAAAAGAACCCACACUGCAGCAGUAAAAGCAUUAAGCUGGUGUCCAUAUAUUCCUAAUGUUUUAGCCACGGGUGGUGGCCAAACUGAUAAACACAUUCAGCUUUGGAAUAGUACUACUGGUUCAAGGUUAGGAUCAAUAAGUACUGGCUCCCAGGUUAGUUCAUUGCACUGGGGCCAGAGCUAUUCAAGCACUGGUCAAAUGAAUCGCGAAAUAGUAGCCACUGGUGGUAAUCCAGGAAACGCUAUCUCUGUUUUCAAUUACGAUACUAAGUUUAAGAUCGCAGAGAUAGUUCAUGCUCACGAGUCAAGAAUUUGCUGCUCGCAGUUAUCACCAGAUGGAACAACGUUGGCAACAGUUGGUGGUGAUGAGAAUUUAAAAUUCUACAAGGUCUUUGAGCCUAGAAGAAAGAACAAAAGAAGAACUAAAGGGGUGGCGGAAGAUGUAUUGAACCUUUUUAGUCACAGAUCAUCAGGUCUGUCAAGAAUGGAUAGUGGAGAUUGUCUUGGUGAUAGCCAAAGUGACGUUGAGACGACUAAUGAUGGUAAUGAAAAUCCUUCAUCGUCUCAAAGAGCGAGCAACUUUUUAAUUAGAUAA